GUGGACCUUUAUCGUGGUUCCUUUCGCCAUUAGUAGAAUCUUGGCCUAGGUGAAUCCUGUAGGUGGCGAAGGCCUAGAGAGGGGAGGCCGAGGCAAUGGAUGUGAAUCAGCCGAAGCAAGAGCAUCUGCUAGCCCUGAAAGGUCCUGUUUUCUUCUGAUCUGUGCAUCACAUGCAAGAAGAGAUUCUUGUAAAUAAGAUGUAUUACGCUUUAGAGUUGAGGAUCCUAAUCAAGAGACUGUUGCUUUUAUUAAGAAUAACUGGAUUCCUACAGUACCAGCAUGGAAGUAGUUUUGCACUAUCGGCCAUUUCAGAAUGACCUCACAAAAUUGCAGAAACUUGCAGAAGAAACACUGAAGGAGUUUCCUAUUCGGCAACUACCGAGAUUUGUUCCCUGGUUUCCAAAUGUUUCACACAAACUUCCACUCAAGCCUAAAAGACAACCACCUAUUAUUUCUGGUGAGAAAGCAGAAGAAGUGAAACAACUUGUUGCAGCUUCAGAACCUCUUAUUGGGCGAUAUUAUGACUGCACAGUGGACCUUCUGGAGUUUCAGUCUAAUUUGAAAACUGGUCAAAGUUUAAUUCAGGCACAAACAGUGCGUGCACAAAUUAAUUCAAGCAAUUUGGAAGUACAGUCAGCAAAUGAAAAACCAAAAUUGAGAAGGUCUUGGAGUAUCUCUGUCCCUAGUUCUAAACUUAAAGAAAAAAUUCUUCCUUUAUCUAGAGAACUGCAGAGUAAUUUAGAAAGAAUGAAGCUACAUGCAUUUUAUAGAGCAAAGUGGACAAUUGAGCAAUCUAUUUGUAAUAAUCAAACUCUAGAGGACAUUUGGAUAAAAUUGAACACAAUGAUCAAACACAAUGAAUUGCCGACUUGCAAUGCUACAAUCCAGAGAUGUGUGGACCAGAUAUGGGUUUUCUGUGACCUAUUAUACAGUGAAUAUGUUGGCAAUCUUCUUAAAGAAAGAUUAAAUCUUACUGGGAGAAUGAACUUGCUUGUACAUAAAUAUGGAAUUAUAUUUAGUUUGUAACUUUAAAACCAAAGGAAAUAGUAAUAUUACUGUCUGGAAUAUUAGGGUUUGUAUCCACAAAAACAAUGAGGAGUCCAGUGGCACCUUAAAGGCUAACAGAUUUAUUCGGGCAUAAGCUUUCGUGGGUAAAAAAACCCGCUCUUCAGAUGCAUGGAGUAGUGGGUUUUUUACCCAUGAAAGCUUAUGUCCAAAUAAAACUUAGUCUUUAAGGUGCUACCGGACUCGUCGUUGUUUUUAUUAGUUUGAUUAGAAUUGUUUGUUUACAUAUAAUUUUGUUUGACCAUGAAUUAUAUCACUGUAUUUUGUAGUUAAGAACAUUGGAAUAGCAUUUGUGUAACUUUCCCCCUCCGCCCAUGCAUAGAGUCAGAGUCCAUUGUCCAGUGACUCUUGCAGAUGAGCUGUAUUAGGAAAAUGAAAUCUGUACUUCUGUCAGAGGACUUCCUUCCUGUACUGAUUGAGUUAAAAUUAGGAGGAGAGAAAAAGCACAAUAUAUUUUUUUAAGUGAGUCAUCAUUGUCACCAUGAUGGAUUUUGAUUUUGUCCUAGAGUUCCAAGAUGCUGAUUAUCUCUAGGAAAAAUUCUCAUUAGGAUGAAUAGUUUACAUUUAAAAUGUAAACUGACUUCCAUUCCACACAAAUCUUGUCAUCUCGUGCUUAUUUGCUCUGAAAUACCAAAUAAUAAAGAUUAGAGAAAAGUUUAUAUUGUAGCUGAGGGGUGAAAACAUUGUAAAUUCUUUCACCUCCAUUAUUUUAUGCCUUUUGCACUGAUAUUUUUCUGGUGUCCCUGCUUUUUGAUUUCAUUCCUACAGCCUCAGUAGCUUAUAAUUAUAGUGGUGAACAAAAAGAAAGUGCUAGGUUAAUGGUUAUUAAACCAUCAGCAUCUUGGAAAUUAGUCUGACUAGCUUGUGAAAUUGUACAUAUUGAUAAUAUAAUGGUCCCACUGGAUGCAUUGGUAUGUUAAGAUGUUUGAAUGCAGCAUGGCUUGCAGUGACAUGAGAGAAGAGACCCAUCUUCAGUAUGAAUGUUGAGUAUGCUCUUGUCCUCUUCAGAGGGUUUGUGAUAAACUAGAGCAGGUACCUUGGGACCCUGUAGGAGUGUAUGGGCAUGUAUUUCUCUUGGGGACCUCUGCUAGGAAAUUUACAGUUAUGCUAGCUGUCUUGGAAGAAUCUAUAGCCUAGCUAGAUGUAAAUUGUUACAGUAGGCUUUAGCUAUGAGGGAAGAAGGGAAAAUAGUUAGUGAAUGAGGAUCCCAGGAUGUUGGACAGUGUCCUGAAGGCCAUUGUGUUGGAUUAGAGUACAGAGAAAGAAAAUCCCUGUUUAUUUCUCAGAAGACCCAACUAUUCUAAAAGUUAACCAUUUGUAACUAUUGGCAAAUGUUGUUUCCCACUUUAGAGGUCUGAGUAGUAAUUUUACAUUGCAAAACCCAUUGGGAAACAUAGUUCCACAACUCCAUUUCUAACCUUAUUUAUUUUCAAUAAACACACACAAGUUGCUAUCUAAAGCAAAAAUCUGAAAAUUAAUGUGAUUUUGAUUUAAUUGGUAAAUUAACAGUUUAGAUGGGAAGUGUCUAUAUUUUGCCUAAUGCUUCCAUCCUGCCUCCUCCAUUUUAAUGGUAAGUUUCAUUGUGAAUACUACUGAUUUAAUCUGAUUGCAGUUCUUUUGGCAUCUCUUACCUCAGUAAACAAAUCAGUUAAUCACUAGCCUAACCAUUUGCCAUCACACUGACAGGACAGAUGUCCGACCCAGCAGUAUAAUUUCUUCCUUCUGAUUCUCUAUAAGUACUUCUUGCUCUUGCCUGAAUGCUCAGUGUUUUCUCUUGAGGUAUGAGUUGUUUUUUUUAAAUCUUUUAAUAUUUCUGUUUAGUACAACUGCAUUGAGAGUUUCAUAGGAUAACCCAGGGUCUGUAUUAAUUUAAAAGCUUGCAUAGCUAAAUUGCAUAGUUUAAUUUACUGUUCUUUAUAACAACAAAAUUAGUAAUAGAGAUACAAAUAGCCCUUGUCUAGUCAGAAUUUUCUUCCUUUUAAUAUACUGUAUAGAAAAGAAACUUUGUGGUGGAGUGCAGUAUAGAAUAAGCUUAAGUACCUCAGACUAUCACACUUCUUUGAUCUUGGGCUAUAACAAGAAAAUCCAAUUUUGGGCCCAGAUCCUUCAAAGAUUUACAUAGGCAGUAGCUUUAUUUAAGUCAGUAGUCCCAUUGAAGUCAGGUCCUGACCCUGCAAAGAUUUAUGCAUGUAACUUCACUCACAUGAGGAGUCCCCACUGAGUAAAGUUACACACAUGCAUAAAUCUUUUUAGGAUCAGGACCUUUAAUUUAUGUUUGGCUUAUGACUUCCCAGUGUGACAGGUUAUAUCAUUGUAAUCUGUGUCUGUUUUAUACAUGUAAUUAAAAUUGGACUAAUUUUCUCUAGCUAAACAUGUUUGGUAUCCGUUUUCUGACUUAAAAUUCUUGGUAAGAACUUACUGUGAGAAUCAAAUAAUGUUAGGACUUUUAAUAUAUGUCCACUUUCUUCAGUGCUUAUAGUUUUCUGGAUAACUGCCGUCAAAUGGGUUGUGAACACCCAAUACUGUCUAUUAAGAGGAUUAUUUCAGUUAGUACUGAUUUACAGUCUUAAACCCGGAACUUUAUUUGAAUUUGUUUUAGAAAUGCUUAGCUGAAAUGCAUAUGUAUUUAAAUCUCCUUAGUAUUUUGCUUGCCUUCAUUCUGGUCCAUUUCUCCAUUACUGUGUUACGUGCACUCUUUACAGGAAAUGGGAUUGGGAGUGUGGGAAGAUGACUUUAAGCCACUUGCGUGUUUUCCUACACUCUGGGCCUGGCCGUUAGUGUGAAUUACUGUAUUCCCAACCUCAAGCAUUCAGGGAUCAUAAGUCAGGCCCCCCAAAAGUCAUAAGAUUAUAUUAAAAUUCAUGUCGUUUUUUUAAAUAAUACAUUUUGGGUCUUUUUAUUUGCCUUCUUGGUUUUGAGCUUUUAGAAUUCAUGUUUUUUAGUACUUUCUAUGUCUCAUCAUUGUGGCAAACUUUUUUUUUAAAUGGAAAGCUGGGAUUUUCAUAUAGUUGCAUGACUCAGGAGCUGUAGUUUUAAGGAAAAUGCCAUAUAUUGUGAGACUUGUGAUAAAAUCACAAGAGUUGGAGGCAACGGUGAAAUUAGAGUAGUCCUAAGACUUGGAAUUAAUUUUACUUGACUCCUGUGGCCCUCAAUUGUCCAUGGGAAGCAGAGAAUAGCCAGAGUUCACCAGCAAUCCAGAUUCAUCCAUCUUUCCCAUGAUAUGUUCUGGGUAUGUGGUGGAUAGUAUGACCAGAUGUCCCAGUUUUAUAGGGACAGUCCUGAUUUUUGGGUCUUUUUCUUAUAUGGGCUCCUAUAAGCCCCCCCCCCCCCGUCCCGAUUUUUCACAUUUGCUGUCUGUUCACCCUAGUGGUGGGGGACAGGCGUAGAGCUGUUGCAAUAGUUCUGUAUUAGAGGCUGCUCUCAGACUAUUUUCCAGGGGAAAUUUAUCACCCCUUUAUGCUAGAGUUGUGUAAAGAGGCAAGGAGGCCCAAAAAAAAAAAAAAACUUACCAGUGUUUACAAUGGAGGGAUACUGUCCCAUUGACUUCAAUGACAACAAUACCUUAUCUCCAAUGGGUGUAGUAAAAGUCCCCAUAUAAUAUUUGGAAGAAACCUUAAAGCAAUCCACACAUAGCCUGUGCAUCAAGAAUGACAUGAUGCCCAAUGCUACUUUUUCAAAAUCACACUCGUGAUGUUUGAACAGGACUAUAUUUAGACUUCUAAGGGUUUGUCUACACUGGCAAGUUUUGUCGCCAAAAACUGCCUUUUGGCGACAAAACAGCAAGAGGGUACACACUACAAUGGGACUUUUGUCGCGAAAAACGCCCAGUUUUGGCAACAAAAAACUUCCAACUGUAAGAGAGACUUGUCUUUUCCCCUCUCUUUAUUGUCGACAAAGAGCCAGUGUAGACAUUGCUGAUUGUUUUGCUGACAGAACUGGCUUCCGCCAGUAUCCCACAAUGCCUGCCCUGAUUGUUCUGCUCAGUGUUUUGAUCUCUGCUGCCCCCCAGGCAUGCACCCCUCCCCUUUCAAAGCUGCAGGAAGUAUCUGUGUGCUGC